CAAAGGGAAGUUGAAGAAGAUGUUAUGAAUGUGUCAGAUUUAUAAUUGCACUUAAUGACUUCCACAUGAACACAAACAGGUUUCCUGCUGUGCUUGUUGACUGGUAGAACAGGUCUGUUGAGUGGGAGGAGUUUGUGUUGCCUGUGAGGUUUUAUUCUCUUGCAGGAACUCAAUCAAGUAGGUGUAUUAUCAGCAUGAGAGCGGUGUCGUUAAAGCAGCCAUUCCUCAUAUUGGUGGGGUUUGGACUGAUCAUAUUUGUGAGCAUCUCUCUAAGGAGUAAAUAUGAGUGCAGAGCGGUGGCCAACAAAGAGCUGGACACACCCUGUCUGAGCAGGUGUUUUUCUGAUCUGGAAGCCAGAAUCGACAAUAUCUACAAUGUACUCACAACUUUUGAGAAAAAGCAAGAUGCCAUCCAGAAAACGUUGGAAGAGGAAAGAGAGGAACGCAGAAAAGCUGCAGAACAGCCACCAGCCAAAAAGGAACCAGAGCAGAAAGAAAAACCCGAAGCAGAGGUCCAGGAGCAAAAGGAGGCGCCCAAAGAGGAAAAGUCCAAUAAACCGUUCCCCUUGUCUCCCCUGUUCAAGGACUGGGGGGAGGAUCUGUCUGAGGAAGAACAAAGAGAGGCAGAGGGUUUGUUUCAGAAGUAUGGAUACAAUGUUUUUCUGAGCGAUCGCCUUCCUCUCGAUCGAGCUCUUCCAGAUACCAGAGAUCCAAGGUGUUUGGAAAAAAGUUACCCAAAGGACCUGCCAAGUAUUGGAGUGGUGCUGAUCUACCUGAACGAGGCCCUGUCUGUCAUCAAAAGAGCCAUGCGCAGCAUCAUCGACCGCACCCCUAAAAACCUGCUGAAGGAGAUAAUAAUGGUGGAUGACAAUAGCUCUAAUGAGGACCUGAAGGGGGACCUUGACAUUUACGUGAAGAUGCUUGAGGAGCAGAAUCCAGAUCUGCGCAUUGUAAGAGUGAGGCACGAUGAGCAGAAAGGCCUCUCUACUGCCAGGGUCUCUGGAUGGAGGGUUGCUACUGCGGACGUGGUGGCCAUCCUGGACGCACACAUCGAAGUCCAUGAGAUGUGGGCUGAACCUUUGCUGACACAGAUCAAAGCUGACCGAACCACGGUGGUUUCUCCUGUGUUUGACGUAGUCAGCUUUGAUACCCUCAUGGUUAUUCCAUACCUUGCAAAAGCACAAGGCUUUGACUGGAAUUUAUGGUGUUUGUAUGAGGAUUUUUCACCAGAGUAUUACAAACUCCAGGACACCUCACUGCCUGGAAAGAGUCCAUCCGUCAUGGGAAUUAUGGUAGCUGAAAGGAAGUUUCUCGGAGAAAUUGGACUUCUUGAUGAAGGAAUGAAAGUGUACGGCGGAGAAAAUGUUGAGCUGGGAAUUCGUGUGUGGACAUGUGGAGGCAGUGUUGAAGUAGUUCCGUGCUCCAAGAUUGCCCACAUCGCAAGGUUUCACAAGCCCUACACACCUGACCUGGACGCUGCCAUGAGGAGAAACGCCCUGAGGGUAGCAGAAGUCUGGAUGGAUGAAUACAAACACAACGUCAACCUAGCCUGGAACUUGCCAUUUGAGAAUCAUGGAAUUGACAUUGGGGAUGUCUCUGAGAGAAAAAAACUCAGAGAAAGUUUGAACUGUAAACCUUUCAAAUGGUACCUGGAAAAUGUGUAUCCCAACUUAGAUCCCUGGGACGACCUACUUGGCUAUGGAGGAAUGAAGAGUCUUGAUGCUGGGAUGUGUCUAGACCAAGGCCCACAACCAGGUCACACACCCAUCGCCUUCCAUUGCUACUUCUAUGGACCUCAGUACACUUAUUACCACACGACUGGUGAGCUCUACAUCGGCGGCAUCAAGUCCCACAAAUACAGUGACAACCGCUGCAUAACUGUUGUCGGCAAAAAUGAAACCAAGCCUGGUCUUUUCAACUGCAGAGAGGCUAUGGAGAAAGGAAUGGGGAUUUACUGGGACUUCACUCAGGGCAAAGAACUGAAGAACAGAGAAACACAAAGAUGCCUGGAGAUAAAAGACAACAAACUUAUAGUACAGGAAUGCUCUGGCCAAAGAUGGGAAAUCCAAAACUUUAUCAAAACUUUUUAAGGUAUUGUGUGUGGAGCCAACAAGAAGUGCACUUUUCUGCUCGUAGGUCAGUAGAUAGUAACACCUGAAUGUGUGAAAGGCUGAGACUCCUAUAAUUAUUUAAGUCCACUUUAUUUAGGAUGGAAAAAGUGAGAGACUGAUUUUAAAAAAAAAGUGAUUUUAAAUUUACUGAUUUUCCCUAAAAUCAUAAUUAUGGAUACAACAUGUUAUGGAUAGACAAUAAAGCUGCUAGUAAUUCUUAUUUGUACCAUUUAUUGAUCUGCCUGGAGGUUCAGAGCAGGAAGGGCUAGCUGGUUAGCAUAAUGGCUGUUCCCUCACAUUCUGUUGAUCACUGAUUAUUUUUUUUUAGCGUUUUCAACUAAAAUUCUUACAUAUUGCCCCUUUAAAUAAUAAUAAUAAUUUUGGCUACACUGAAUUUUCACCAUUGCAGCAGUGGUCUUAAAACAUCCAACGCUGUCAGUAAGAUGUGUUGCUAUGACUGUUUUGGAGCAAAUUAAUUAGUUCUGUAACAGUUGCCCAACUAUGCAAAUGUUGCUACUUUUGGAAAUAAUACAAUGCAAUACUUUGUUGCUAUUAGGUAAAUUUGUUGAUGUUAUCUGCUUGUACAUUAGUAAGCCUCAUCAUCUGUUACAGAAGUAACCUUCAAGCAGAGACGGACAGUAAAGCAAAUCAUAGGGUGAAGGAAACAUAGGUCUAAAUGAAGUGAAGGCCACAGAUUGAGAAAGAUGUGGACUGGAUGUGCAUUUCUGACAUUCAGCAGGAAUAUGGCCUUCUACAACCAUUCUUUAGUGGGUGAUGGUGUUCCUGACGGUUUAAAGCUACUGUACUAUUUAAUCAUGAUAUUAUUAUUUGUAUUGUUUAUUGUUUACAUAGGAUUACACUUUUUAAAUAUGGCUGUUUAAACAGGAUUAUCCAGGCUUUGGAAGAGUCAACUUGUUCAAAGGCUCAUUAACUUAUUUGUUCAAUAGAACUGUCCAUGUGAACUUGAAAAUAAAUGUGUUCUUUGUCUUUAGUUUUGUUAUACAAAUUACAGCAAGACAUCUGAUCACUGAUUGGACAGUCCUGUGCAAUUUUUGGACAGAUACAAAAAACACACCCAAUUGUACAAAAAUUGUAUUAAUGUAUCUAUAAAAAAAAAGGUCAUGCAUUGUCUUUUUCUCAAGUUUGAGAAUCUGUACUUUUUAAAGAGUUAUUGAUGGAUGGUUGGUCAGUGUCCUAGUAUCAAUGGCUUACACAGUGUUCUGCUUAUGUAAAAGACUCAAUUGAAAAAAUAAAGGGGAGGGUAGUUGCCAUAUAUUUUGUUAACUAUCCCAAUCCGCUUUCUUACUGGCUGCCAGCAGUAUCUGAAGAAGGUAUUUGUAAUGUUGGUUAAGUUUUGAUAGAAUCUUACCUAAAUAUAUUGUACUUAAGUCUUGAUUGAUCUCUAAGCCAAAUAUUGAUUUUAACACUGCUACUAUUCCCAGCCAGCAAAGCCGAAUUACAGCACAGUCCCAAAAUAUGUGGAAGUGAUCAGCCAAGCUUUUCCCACACCUCCUCCAGCAGUGACCAUGUCGCUGUUUUAUGUGACUUUUAAUCUGGUUUUAGAAAAAUACAUAGUACAACAGCAGCAGCUGCACUUUGUGCUUAAGCACAGACUAUCUAAAGCCGGACUGUCUCAAAAAACUGUUGGUUGGUUUGUUAAUUAUCUUACCGAGAGGACACAGUGUCUACAGGCAUAGGGCUGCACCUCUAACUCGCUCAUUGUAAGUAAAGGUGUACCCCAGGGGUCAGUCCUGGGGCUGUUCCUAUUCAUUUUGUACAUCAAUGACAUUGAUCUAAAUGUGUCAAAUGUGAAAUCUCACUUUUAUGCUGAUGACAUUGUAUUCUAUAGUUUAGCACCCACCCCAGAAGGGGCCCUCUCCCAGUUACAACUUGCUUUUAACACAGUUCAAGAACAUUUGUAUGAUUUAAAACUUGUUUUAAAUGCUGACAGAACUAAAGUCAUGCUCUCUAAUACUCUCUCUAAUACAAAAACAAAACCAAAAAACCAUCCCUCAAUCCUCUCUUCUCACGGUUUGAAGAUUGAGUGUGUUUCCAAUCACUGAUAUCUUGGUAUAUUAAUUGAUGACUCCCUCUCUUUCGCAAAUCAUAUUCAGCAGCUGGUAAAAAGAUUGAAACUAAAACUGGGUUUUUAUUUUAGUAUCAAAUCCUGCCUUUCCUUUAAGUCAAAAAAGAGACUGGUUGCUGCCACUUUUAUCUGUUCUGGACUACGGUGAUGUAUAUAUGCAAGCCUUGUCUCAAAGCUUACAUGCUCUCUGCACUGUGUAUCAUGGAGCUCUCUGAGGUUCAUCACACAUCAAUAAAGG